UGCUUUCAUCUGUGAUCUGUAGAAGUUUUCCAAAAAAAUCUCAGGACGUGUGGUUUUGCAAUGGUUCAGGGCUGAACUCGCGUCCUUUGUUUUUCCUUUGAGAAGGGUGCGUUUUGUUUCUUGAAGUUCUUGUUCUUGAAAUCUGUGCUUUCAGUAAUCUGCCUUUUCCCAUUUUUUCCGUUCUUUUCUUCGAGCUGUAUGCCUUUGUUUUGCUUUCCUCAACUCUGCAAGGAUUAUAAGAACAAUCUGCUUUGCCAUGAAUGGUUACUUUUUUAUUUCAUUAUUGCUUUAUAUAGUGUAAUUUUCUAUAUAAGGUUAUUUUUUUCAAGUUUUUCGAGUUUUCUAAUAAAGUUCUAUAGUAUAGAGUCAUGUCUCUGUCAUUCCAUGUACGAUCAUCUUUACAUAGUCUGUAAAAUCAAGGUUACUAGGAGAUCAGUAUGCGUCGAGUAAAUAUACUCCAUCGCUAGGAUUAUAUGCAGCUUUUCGCGUUUAUCACUCUGAAAAUUAUAUCCGAGAUUAUGUGAGAAGAGCAGGAUUCAUAGAAUCGGGAACUCAUCAUGCUUUCAAGACAUGGCAUCACUUUAUUGAUUUGAUGAAGGACACGUGCUCGUAUUCCAUGCCUUCAACAUCACUAUUAACCAGUCGCCAUCCGCUGAUCUUUCGUCUUUAAAACAACUCUUUUUUUGAAGUAUUUACGUCUCUGAGAGAAUUUCGGAAAAGGGAGCUCAUGCGAUUGUCUGCUCAUUCUUUUCCUUAUAUUCCCCGUCGAUUUCGCCAUCGCAAAAUUUCAAGGUUGAUUCUGACACCUACAAGGGAAUUUGAGGAAGGGUUGAUCAAUGGCUAAGGAACAGCUGGAGGUGCUCAAUGCCCUUGAUGCAGCCAAAACACAAUGGUACCACUUCACGGCAAUUGUCAUCGCCGGCAUGGGCUUCUUCACCGACGCGUACGACCUAUUCUGCAUCUCCCUUGUGACUAAGCUCCUCGGCCGCCUGUACUACACCGAGCCAGGCUCGCCCACCCCGGGGACCCUGCCUUCCAAUGUGUCGGCGGCGGUCAACGGGGUCGCCUUCUGCGGGACCCUUGCAGGCCAGAUCUUCUUCGGGUGGUUGGGCGACAAGAUGGGCCGGAAGCGGGUCUAUGGCAUGACCCUCAUGCUUAUGGUCCUCUGUUCCAUCGCCUCGGGGCUCUCCUUCGGCAAGGAAGCAAACGGGGUGAUGGCAACCCUUUGCUUCUUCAGGUUCUGGCUCGGGUUUGGCAUUGGUGGGGACUACCCGCUUUCCGCCACCAUCAUGUCCGAGUACGCGAACAAGAAGACUCGUGGUGCCUUCAUCGCAGCUGUUUUCGCGAUGCAGGGUUUUGGGAUUUUAACUGGAGGGAUGGUUGCUAUAGUUGUCUCCUCGGCCUUCAAGGCUAGAUAUCCCGUUCCGGCCUAUGAAGUCGAUCCGGGCCUCUCCACCAUCCCGCAAGCUGACUACGUCUGGCGGAUGAUUUUGAUGUUCGGUGCGCUUCCGGCCGCUCUCACAUAUUACUGGCGGAUGAAAAUGCCAGAAACAGCUCGUUACACCGCUCUAGUGGCCAAGAAUGCCAAGCAAGCCGCAGCCGACAUGUCGAAGGUUCUCCAAGUCGAUUUGGAAGCAGAGCCAGAGAAGGUCCAGCCAAAGGCGCAAGGGAACGACUUUGGCUUGUUCUCGAAACAGUUCGUCCGGCGCCACGGGCUCCACCUGCUCGGCACGACGAGCACCUGGUUCCUGUUGGACAUCGCCUUCUAUAGCCAGAACCUUUUCCAGAAAGACGUCUUCACAGCCAUCGGUUGGAUUCCGAAGGCGAAAACCAUGAAUGCCAUUGAAGAGUUGUACCGGAUUGGGCGUGCGCAGACCUUGAUCGCCCUCUGCAGCACGGUCCCAGGGUACUGGUUCACGGUGGCCCUCAUUGACAAGAUCGGAAGGUUCGCGAUCCAACUGAUGGGCUUCUUCUUCAUGACAGUGUUCAUGUUCGCUCUGGCCAUCCCCUACCACCACUGGACCUUGCCGGACAACCGAAUCGGGUUCGUGAUCAUAUACUCACUCACCUUCUUCUUCGCAAACUUCGGCCCCAACGCCACCACAUUCGUGGUCCCCGCAGAGAUCUUCCCAGCGCGGCUCAGGUCGACGUGUCAUGGCAUAUCCGCCGCGGCCGGCAAGGCCGGGGCCAUGGUGGGCGCUUUCGGCUUCCUGUAUGCAGCGGACGGGAUCGGCGUCCGUAAGACCCUGAUCAUACUUGGCGUGAUUAACUUCCUUGGGUGUGUCUUCACCUUACUGGUGCCGGAAUCGAAGGGCCGCUCCCUCGAGGAAAUAUCUGGAGAGAACGAGGAAGAAAAUGCAGCCUAGUUGAGGGACUGUCCUAGUCUGAACGUGGCGGUUCGCCCUUACAAUUUAUGCGCACGAGGCCUCGAUGGACGGAAAAGAAGCAUGGCGGAGCAUAGAUUGUGGGCGGGAAAGUGUAAUAAAGGAAAGAAAGAAAAUAAAAAGUCUUAAACAUACAAUAUACAAAUUUAGUCAUAGACCUUUCAAUUAAACUAAUAUAAUCUUAAAUCUUGUUAUAGUUGUAUCAAUUUAGCACAUCCAACCAAUUUAGAUUAGAAAUUGUUGAUGCGGACACUAGCUAUCCUAUGCGAUAUAAUCAGCAUUUACGUUGACAUUUUUAAAUAUUAUUUUGAUAAUUUUUUU